AUGACGCGGCUUGUUGUUGCAGUCAGUGGGCUGGUGGCGCUCUUCUGCGUACUGGGCCACUGCCAGGCCCAGCAGCAGCCCAACUACCGAGCCGCGCUCACCAACUCGCUGCUCUACUUCGAGGGACAGCGCUCCGGCAGGUUGCCGCCGGACCAGCGCGUCCAGUGGCGCGGCGACUCCGCGCUCGCCGACGGCCGCGACCACGGCGUGGACCUGACCGGCGGGUACUACGACUCCGGCGACAACGUCAAGUUCGGCCUGCCCAUGGCGUUCACCGUGACGAUGCUGGCGUGGAGCGUGGUGGAGCACGAGGCCCCGCUCGCGGCGGCCGGGGAGCUCCGGAACGCGCUGGCCGCCGUGCGCUGGGGCGCCGACUACCUGGCCCGGGCGCACGCGGCCGCCGAGACGCUGUACGUGCAGGUCGGCGACGGCGACUCCGACCACUCGUGCUGGCAGCGGCCUGAGGACAUGGACACUCCCCGCACCGCCUACAGCGUCGACGCCUCCCGCCCCGGGUCCGACGUCGCCGCCGAGACGGCUGCCGCGCUGGCCGCCGCCUCCGUCGCGUUCCGCCAGCUCGACGCUGCCUACAGCGCCAUGCUCCUCGGCCACGCCGAGCAGCUGUUCAGUUUCGCCAAGAACCACCGCGGCCUCUACCAGAACAGCGUGCCAGGCGCUGCAAAAUUCUAUGCCAGCAGCGGCGAUGAGGACGAGAUGCUCUGGGCUGCAGUCUGGCUCUUCAUCGCCACCGGUGGUGAGGACUACAAGGCCUUCAUCGCCGGCGACGGCAACGUCGGCGGAGCGCAGACCUUCUUCUCAUGGGACAACAAGUUCGUCGGCGCGCAAGCACUCGUGGCCAAGCUCGUCCUCCAAGGGAAGCUGGCCGACGCCGGCAACGCGGCGGCACUGAAGAGCCAGCUGGAGCAGUUCCUCUGCGGCGUGCUGCAGCACAACGCCAGCGACGGCAGGCUCAGCCCCGGCGGCGUGCUGUGGUUGGAGCCCUGGAACAACCUGCAGUUCGUGACGUCGGCGGCGUUCGUGGUCGCCGCGCACUCCGACCACCUGGCGGGCGCGGCGGCAUCCUCGCUCCGGUGCGGCGCGGCGACGCUGCCGCCGUCGCAGCUGCUCGCGUUCGCGCGGUCCCAGGCGGACUACAUCCUCGGCGCCAACCCGGAGAGGAUGAGCUACAUGGUCGGGUACGGCGCCAGGUUCCCGGAGCAGGUGCACCACCGCGGCGCGUCGGUGCCGUCCAUCAAGUCCAGCCCCGGCAAGAUCACCUGCAAGGGAGGGUUCGCGUACUACAGCAGGGACACGCCCAACCCCAACGUCCUCGUCGGCGCCAUCGUCGGGGGCCCCGAUGGCAACGACCGGUACGACGAUUCCCGGCCGAACUAUAAGCAGACCGAGCCAUCCACCGUCACCGUCGCCCCCAUGGUCGGAGUGCUUGCGAGGCUUUCGAAGCAGAACUGACUGAGGAGAGUGACACACACGGGCUCUCCAUCAUUUUUCUUUUUCUUCUUCUUUUAGCUAUAAUUCUAGCUAAAUUUAGAGUUUUAUGAUGACUCUAAAAAAUAGAUAACUUCAUAAACGAUGAGGUAAACCAACAAACUCUCUAUAAACCUUGUAUAUUCAUAUUCAAAUCACAUGAAAAACCCCCUGCUGUGCCGAGCUACUCGAAAUUGACUGUCCACAUCAUCGACCAACGAGACAAGGUAC